AUGGAAGAAUUCCUGCUGCAGCACCCGGACGCGUAUAUCUCAGCGGAAACGCCACCAAGUCUACCCGAUUUCGAAGCAUACUAUCAUAUUUCGCGGCGACACACUCCUGACUACAAGAUCUCCCGUUCAGAGGCCAUAAAAUCGUCUCACAUGUUGGAAUUGCUUGAGAAAUGGUGGAAGAUGGAUCCAAAUCUUCUAAGGGAUGUAAGGAAGAGCGCUCUCGUCCAGAAACUCCGCGACAGCUUCUGGUAUGACUACAAACCCUUACUUCAUGAAAUGCGAAGGAAUUUCCCAUAUUUGCAGAACGUGGCUUUUGAGUGGUAUACCAAGAGGAUUCGGCACGUACGCGAGGUGACCCAGCUUCGCGUCCUGGUGUUUCUGUUGUGA